UGUUUCAAAACGUAACGUUACAAAUUGCAUUGCAACAAAUCGGUACUAUUGUUCUGUAAUACUCGGCAUAGGCACAAUAUGUUAUAUUGUAAUAUUGUGCGUUUUCAGAUUGUGAUUGACCGGUUGUUCGAUUAUAAUAUAUAUUUUCCAACAAAAGGACCAAAGUGAUCAGAUUGUGGAUUUAUUAAUAUAAUACAACUAUUUUUUUCUUCGUCAUUACGUGUCAAUAGUGUUUCCUGUUAAAAUGUUACCGGACUUUUUAUGUAGACCACUGAUCAUGCUAUUUGGAAUAUUAUACCCAGGAUAUAUGUCAUACAAAGUGCUCAAAACCAAGCGAUCAACAAAUUAUGGUAUAUGGCUAAUGUAUUGGAUUACCUUUUCGAUGUUCACUUCAGUAGAGACCAUAACAGACAUAUUUAUUGGUCCUUGGUUACCGUUUUACAAUGAGUUGAAGCUUUUGUUUCUUUACAUGACUUACCCAACUUCCGACAGCUCUCUGACUUAUGUGUACAAAAAUAUUAUAAAUCCAUUUAUAAAACGACAUGAAAAGAAUAUUGAUGCUCAAAUAAGCAAUUUUAAGAAAGGUGGGUUACAAACAUUGAUGAUAGCAGGCAAACAAUUCACCAACAUUUUCUUGAAGCUGGCCAUAAAAGGUUUCCAACUAUACGGGCUACAAGCUGUUCAGUUACAAAAUAUUAGUACGAGUAUAGAUACAACUUUGAUUGAGAAUAGCGAGCCAGAUGGAUAUAUUAAUUGGGAAGAAGUCAUUAAUGAUUCUGAAGAUGACACUUCAUUCAAGAUGACAAGUUCUUCAGAAUCUCUAACUUCUUUAGAAAGAGAGGAAACUCCUGAAUAUUCCUUUUCAGAUAUGUAUGGAAAUUCAGAAACAAAAGACAAUGGGAUAACAUAUGAUCCUCCAUCAUCUAACACCCGCCGAAGAAAAAAAGCACCUUGAAAAACAAAUUUAAAUGAAUUGUACUUACCUGAUACAAACAAUUUGUGCAUAGUUUUUUCUAUAAGUGUAAUUUAAUGUUAUUUUUAUAUAAUACUUUUUUAUAAUAGUUGAUCUCUUUUUUCAUUAAACAUAUAUUUUUACAUGCAAUA